AAUCUUGUUUUCUUCAAAAGUUGUCAUCGCCUGUCUUUGUCGGGCUUCGCACAUCCACCCUACCUCACAACACAAACAUCCUUCGACUCGUUCACCACCACCAACAACAACAAUGUACCUAAAAGACGGUUAUUCCCUGUUAUUAAAACACCGCAAACCAUCUUCACUCCCCCUCGUGCUCGCCACGCGCCCCCUCAACCCACCACCCUCCUCCGCCUCCCUCCUCCACGAGUCCCACGUGGCACACGCGCUUCGCCGCGAACCCAACGUCCUAUACGCGCUCCAACACUUCCAGUAUCUAACCAACACCCUCGCCUUCAAGCACACGCCUUUAACCUACCACGUCAUGAUCGAGAAGCUCGGAAGAAACUCCGAACUCGACGCGCUUCACUACAUUCUCCACCAGAUGAAAAUCGAACGAAUCCCAUGUUCACAAGAUUCAUUCAUUUGCGUUUUAAACUCUUACAAAAAUUCUGGGUUGGGUGAUCGUGCUUUGAAGAUGUUCUAUAGGAUCAAGGAGUUUGGGUGUAAACCCACAGUGAAAAUUUAUAAUCACUUGCUUGAUGCAUUGCUUGGUGAAAGUGGAAACAAGUUUCAUAUGAUUGGUGCUGUGUAUGAGAACAUGAGGGGUGAAGGAAUGGAGCCUAAUGUGUUUACUUACAAUGUUUUAUUGAAGGCGUUGUGUAAGAACGGGAAGCUAGAUGGUGCCUGCAAGCUGCUUGUUGAAAUGUCGAAGAGAGGGUGUGUGCCGGAUGGGGUUAGUUACACGACGGUUGUGGCGGCGAUGUGUGAGGAUGGGAGAGUGGAGGAGGCGAGGGAGGUGGCGCGGAGGUUUGGGGCGGAGGGUGUGGUGUCGGUUUGCAAUGCUUUGAUUUGUGGGCUGUGUAGGGAGGGGAGAGUUGGGGAGGUGUUUGGCUUAAUGGAUGAGAUGGUGGGGAACGGGGUUGAUCCUAAUGUUGUUAGCUAUUCGAGUGUUAUUAGUUGGCUUUCAGAUGUUGGGGAGGUUGAGUUGGCGCUUGCGGUUUUGGGGAAGAUGAUUAGGAGAGGGUGCAGGCCUAAUGUUCACACGUUUAGUUCGUUGAUGAAAGGGUAUUUCUUGGGAGGGAGAGUGGGGGAGGGGGUUGGGCUGUGGAGGGUUAUGGUUUUGGAGGGAGUUCGGCCGAAUGUUGUCGUGUACAACACACUCUUGAAUGGUUUGUGCUGCAGUGGGAAUCUGGCUGAGGCUGUGGAUGUUUGUGGUCGGAUGGAGAAGGAUUGUUUUUGCCGGCCGAAUGUGACUACGUACAGCACUCUUGUUCACGGGUUUGUGAAGGCUGGGGAUUUGCAGGGUGCUUCUGAGGUGUGGAACAAGAUGGUGAAUUGUGGGGUUCGGCCUAAUGUUGUGGUGUACACCUCCAUGGUGGAUGUGCUUUGCAAGAAUUCUAUGUUUGAUCAGGCUUAUCGACUUAUUGAUAAUAUGGCUACUGAUGGUUGUCCUCCGACUGUUGUUACGUUCAACACGUUUAUCAAGGGCUUGUGUUGCGGUGGAAGAGUACUAUGGGCAAUGCGUGUGGUUGAUCAGAUGCAGAGAUAUGGGUGUUUGCCUGAUACCAGAACGUACAAUGAGUUGUUGGAUGGCCUGUUUAGUGUGAAUGAGCUUAAAGAAGCUUGUGAGCUUAUAAGGGAGUUGGAAGAAAGGAAGGUGGAGCUAAAUUUGGUCACUUACAACACUGUUAUGUAUGGAUUUUCCAGUCAUGGAAAGGAGGAAUGGGUUUUGCAGGUUUUGGGGAGAAUGUUGGUAAAUGGAGUGAAGCCAGAUGCCAUUACUGUUAAUGUAGUUAUUUAUGCGUACUCUAAGUUGGGUAAGGUUAGAACUGCCAUCCAGUUUUUGGAUAGAAUUACAGCAGGAAAGGAAUUGUGUCCUGACAUAAUAGCUCAUACCAGCCUUUUGUGGGGUAUCUGUAAUUCGUUAGGCAUUGAAGAGGCAAUUGUGUAUCUAAAUAAAAUGUUAAAUAAAGGAAUCUUUCCCAAUAUUGCCACUUGGGAUGUGUUAGUUCGAGGCUUCUUUAAGAAAUUGGGUCAUAUGGGACCAAUCCGCAUCUUGGAUGAUAUCUUGGGAAAAGGAUAAUACUAUAUAAAUUUUCAGAUUCUAAUAGAUAUUUUCAACAGUAUGCAACAGAUGAUAAUGUUACUAUGCAGUGUACACCUUGUUUGGAGCAGGAGCAGGGGGUGGACUGUGAUAGGAAAGAACACUUGGUGAGAAAUCAUUUGUUAGGAUCCCAGAAACUGGUUCUGACUUUCUGCCUUUUGAGGUAUAGAGAUAAGCAAAACAAAGAAAGGAAUGGAAAAAGAAUGUUUUGGCAGCAUUUGUAAAAUUAUAGAUCAAGAACGUAAGGAGAAGAUUCUCCUUCCAAA